GGCCGACUCUGCUGCAAUCACUUUCCCAGACAAAUUGUUAUUCUCAGCGGACUAUAAGUACAUGACAAGUACGGGGACAGUGGAAGGAUACUAUGGACAUGUGCACGAAUAAAACGGCGUUGUCAUUCAAUAACUACACAAACUGCAAACAAGAAAUUGCCUACUCUGUGGAAGGAUGUCUCUUGCCUCUCUCAGCUGGGACAUGGGUAUCAAGCACACGCGGCACGUGGACGGUGUCAGAUGAUGGUACCUUUUCUACCAUAUCUAACUUUAAAGCUGACCUUUCAAGGUCACUUACUACAGCCACGCUCGACUGUAAAAGUAGUUCCGGGACGCAGUAUAUUCUCGGAACGAGGUUUGAAAUAUUUUUCGCUGUCUUUAUUGAUGUGUACACAUGUUUAGAUAUACGUACAACAGCAGUGUCUCCCAACAGUUAUGUGUACUAUAUUGUCACGCCACCGGAUUCGAACACAGGCGAGCAAUUCACAAGCGAUAUAAGUAGCGCAUGUACAAACUCGAACUUUGAAACUGCCAUUAAUACACAUAUUGUUCUUCAAAGUGGUUCCGAGACAGCCGCCGGCGUUAACUAUCCCGAUGCUAUUCUCGGGAACUAUAGCGUCGAAUAUUCCGACAUAGAUGGCAACACGGUCACAGGUUCGGACAUGGACUCCUGCGACAAUAAGACUCUUAUGGUUUUCAAUAAUGCAGACUCAAAUACAAGCCUUGCUUUUACAAGUGGUAAUAAUCUGCUAGCCUUACAUUACGUCACAUCCGGCUCGAGUGUUUACGUGCACACAUAUAAUACCGACCCUACUGUUUCAAAUCCAACGACAUAUAGUAUAGCAUGCUGGGUAAUCGUGAGUUCGAGCAGUCAGGUGAAAGCUACCGUGUACCCUAAUGAAUGCGUUCAAGGUCAAAGUUCAACAUCAGUCCCUUACGGUGGACAGAAGUUUGUGUUAACUCCACAAUGUGAGUACAUGUACUAUAGUCUGUCCCAUUAA